CUGGCACAAGAAGAGUAUAUUUUGGGAGUUGCCAUAUUGGAAGGAUCUUCUUCUGCGCCACAACCUCGAUGUGAUGCAUAUAGAGAAGAAUUUCUUUGAGAACAUCAUGAAUACAAUAUUGAAUGUCCCGGGGAAGACAAAAGACAACAUAAAAUCGAGGUUAGACUUGCCGGAUAUUUGCUCAAAAAGUGAGUUACAUAUAAACAGCAAUGGGCAAGUUCCUGUUCCGAUAUUCAGAUUGUCUUCAGAAAAAAAGUCGGUGUUGUUCAACUGGGUAGCAUCAGAAGUGAAAUUCCCCGAUGGGUAUGUUUCAAAUCUGUCUAGAUGCGUUGAAAAGGGUCAAAAGUUCUCCGGGAUGAAGAGUCAUGACUGUCAUGUCUUUAUGCAACGACUACUUCCCUUUGCUUUUGCGGAGCUACUUCCUACAAACGUACAUGAAGCACUUGCAGGCAUUGGAGCAUUUUUCAGGGAUCUGAGCACCCGCACUCUUAAAGUAGAAGUCGUGGAACAGCUUCAAGAGAACAUUCCCAUCUUAUUGUGCAACUUGGAGAAGAUAUUUCCUCCUGGGUUUUUUGACGUCAUAGAGCAUCUAGCUGUGCACCUCCCAUAUGAGGCAUUGCUUCGUGGACCUGUACAUUACGGAUGGAUGUAUCAGUAUGAGCGAGCCAUGAAAUAUUUGAAGGAAAAGCAAAGAACCUUGCAAAGGUUGAAGGUUCUAUAAUUCUGGAAGUUUGAC